AUGAGAUUUGACUUCACCAACAGGCUAUCAAUCACACGAUCUUCUCAUUCUCCCUUGAAUGUGUUUCAUUCAGAUGGUGUUCAUUUGAGCGAUCUCUCAUCAGCAUUCAUUCAUUCUUACUAUCCCAAAAAGAAAUCCAGAGUUUCGUUAUUGUUGAAGGUCUUGAAUGCCCGUACCGCAUUUUCUGAACAGUCUUGUCAUCUUGACGCCGUGAACUGCUCGUGUCAGGUCUUUGCAGUGACGUUGAGUUUAUGUUGACGUGAACUUGGCCUGGGAUUCGAAUCAGCUGUCGACCACAGGGAGAAAGAAGCUUCAGAGUGAAAGCCAUGGCAAGCCAAAAUUACGUGAUGGGCUCUAUCGCCGACGCUGGGGCAUCGGAUGGUGCUGCACAAAGGCAACCCUCGCAGUUCUCUUGGAUGGAUCCCCAUCCCAUCUUUGUCAUCAUCCUGGUCGGCAGCGAGGAGCAGCCGUUUGGCAUACAGAAGGACUUCCUGUGCGCAAAGUCUUCAUACUUCCGCGAUCACUUUGCCGCGAACCAGCAGGAGCAGCAGAUCGAGCAUGUUGUCAAUCUCAGUGAGACACCGGUCGAGGUGUUUUCAUGUGCACAAAACUACAUCUACACAGGUCAGGUCUGCCCAGACCUGGGAAGCCUGCCAUCAUAUGAAGUCCUUAUAGGCGUCUGGAAGCUUGGUAGUGAACUUGGAAUCGAUGGACUGUGCGACAAGACCCUCGAGGCUAUGAACGAGUGCCGACGGGUCACCCAGCGAAUCCCUGCCACCCCGGUGCUUGUCCAGGUUUGGCGGGAUACGCCCGAGGGUUCCUCCAUCCGUCAACUCUUCCUCGAGUGGGCUGCCGAGUACAUGCGCUCCUCCGAAUCACGAGCCGAAUUCGCCCGGUCUCUGCCUCAGGAGGUUUUGAGCGAGCUCGUCAUAGCCAUGAGCUCCUUGGACUUCCCCGCCGCAUCCACCGCACCUGGAUCGGCGUCUCCAAAUACCUGCACCAACAGCAUUGCUGCCCCGCUUAGAAAUACACACCAGCUCGAAGCAGAUGGGCUCGAGGAGGUUCCUCCUGCUCGGCCUGUGAAGAGGGCCCGACACUCGGACGUCCUCCCCAAUGGCGACGCAGCCGCAGGUUACAAAUCUGCUGCCAACAACGCUACUAAGAAAGCUAGAGCGUCUCUACCGGCGGCCAAACCUGCUGCUACCACUCAGAGGCGAAGGGGAAAGCAGCAGCUGGCUGACCUGAACCCGACCGUAGAGCAGAAACUCGAGUUCUGCUCAGAUCUGUUGACUAGGAUGGUUUCCGGACCUGGAUUCUGGACCCGUAUUGUUGGUCCGUUCAAAGAACCAGUCGACCCUGUCCGGGACGAGGUACCUGAUUAUUUCACCAAGAUCAACCGCCCGAUGGACCUGAGGACCAUGAAGAAUAAGAUGGACCAACAUCUGUACAAAGAUGAGGAGGAGUUCCUCGCAGACAUGCGUCAGAUUUUCACCAACUGCUACACGUACUGGACGAAAAAGGACCCCAUGUGGGCCGCGUGCGAAAGGCUCGAGAAGAACUUUGAGGACAAAUAUGGAAACAUGAACGCCUGGAUCUCCAAGAUGUCAGGGUUCGAGGUCCAAUAGUCGAAUUAUGGACAGCAAAUGUCGUUUGGACGACCGACGCGGACCAUGAAAAAGGGAGCUAGGUCGGUUCACAUCCCAUAUGCUUGUGCUGCCAGUCACAUCGGUUCUGUUUGUUGUUUUGCUAUUGCUUAGGAGUCAUACGAUAGAGGAUCUGGGCAAACUUGUAUUCUACAGGUAAAAUCUGCCCAAUCUGAGGGAAAAGGAAAUAUGAAGGUGCCUUUUAGAGAGGCCUUUUUUUGUAUUUUUUUUUAUUCCCAUCAACCCUCUCGAUCGAUUUUCAUUUUGACCUCUUAAUAUCGUGUCACGGGUAAUCAUCUGUACAAUAAUAAUAGCAGAAAAUGGUGAUUGUGG